CUCGAUGUAUUUUCUUUAAAAAUCUUUAGCAUAUUCUCAAAUAGAAUAGUUUAGUACUCCAUGAGCAACGGUUCUGUUCUUAGGAUUGACAAUUGACCAGAAACCAAAAUAUUACGCAAUCAUCUAUGUAAACUAAAUUGUGCAGCGCGCGACUUAGUAUCGCAAUAGACUAUAUAUAGGUCCUUAUGUUUAUAUAUUUGUUAAAUUGAUUUAUAGUAAUAAACAUUAUCGAUUGAAACAACAUUUCUUCGAAUAAUUUUUUGUAAACUUUUAUAUCCAUGAAUCCUUACUUAGUUUAAAAGAUUGUGUUUGAACACGUGUUGUCAACGUCAAUGAAUAUUUACAUUAAAGUAGUUUGUUGAUUUUCCACAUUACACGUUUCGUUAACUCGUUACUCAAAUUCUAUGUACAUUUUUGUAUAUAUAAAAAUGUACACAUACAACAUAACACAGUGAAUAUAAUAUUGCAUAUAAUAUCGAACGUAUGAGCAAAAUAUGUUUCUCCUCUCUUAUGGAAGAUUACACUUUAUUUUUGGUUAUGGCAAUUAUGAAAUUAAGCAAAAUUCGAGGAACACAGUUCGUAUAAAGUAAAACGAUAAAGAUGGUUAUAACAAAGAAUAAUCCGAUAAAUCGAUCAUCUAGUUGUUUACGAAAGUAUCGAAUACUUUUUGUAUUUGGUAUCACUGUACUAUGUGUACAAAUUUAUUUAGCUCAUAUGUUUUUUGGCUUGGAAAUUCGGAGUCGAAAGUCUAGUCGAUUGUCUUCAGGAGAUGAUGAUUCUUCUAAACCUGAAGAGGAUGAAGGAUUACCAAAAGGUUUACGUCAAUUGAAGCUUCCUCCUGAUAAACAAACUAAUACGAAUAAGAUUUUACAAUCUCAGCGAAAUCAAACUACUAGAAUAAAAUUAGAUCGUAAAUCAUUAAACUUUGUACCAUCUUGUGAAUUUAAUGGCAGAGAAGCAGUGAGUGCUGUAACACGUGCACAAAGUCAAGCAUGCAAACAACGCAUUGUUAAUGUGACAUGCCUUAACCAACAAGGAUUAUUAUAUCCAGAAAGAAUACAGUCUCUAUGCCCUAAUUCUGCAGGAUUUGUAGACAAACCUAUCAGUUUAGGAUGUUUUAAAGAUGAUAAAACAUUAAGAAUUCUUUCUGGCUAUUAUCAUGUAUUUAAAGGGAACAAUUCACCAGAACGCUGUGCUUUUCUAUGUCUUCAAUCAGGAUAUUCAUAUGCUGGUACUGAAUACUCUAUUGAAUGUUUCUGUGGAAUGGAAAAACCAUCUCAGCUAAAGCGAUUGCCAGAUUCUAGUUGUAAUAUGAAGUGUGCUGGUAAUCCUAAAUAUUCUUGUGGUGGAUAUUUAACUAUUAACGUAUUUUGGACUGGGAUACAGAAAUUCAAAGCACAAGAAGCUCGAAAUGCAAGUACAGAAGAUGAAAAUGAGAAACCUGCUCAAAUAGCUUAUUUAUUAACAGUAAAUGGCAGAGCCAGUCGACAAGUGAAACGACUUAUCAGUAUUCUUUAUCAUCCUUCACAUUUAUUUUAUAUUCAUGUUGACGCGAGACAAGAUUAUCUCUAUCGAGAGAUGUUAGAAGUGGAAAAGUCUUGUAAAACAAAUAAUAUUAAAGUAGCAAGAGGAAAUGGUUUACGACAUGCCAGUAUUUGGGGUGGUGCAAGUCUUUUAACAACUUUUUUGAAAUCUGCACAACAAAUGCUCGCGCAUCAGCAUCAUUGGGAUUUUCUUGUCAAUCUAUCAGAAUCUGACUUUCCUAUAAAAAGCAAUAUGCAAUUAGUUCAGUUUCUAAGUUUAAAUAAAGGAAUGAAUUUUGUAAAAUCUCAUGGAAGAGAAGUUCAACGUUUUAUCACUAAACAAGGAUUAGAUAAAACUUUCGUAGAAUGCGAAACUCGUAUGUGGAGAAUAGGUGAUCGCAAAUUACCAAAUGGUAUUCAGAUAGACGGUGGUAGUGACUGGGUAGCUUUAAGCAGAGAAUUCGUAGAAUAUGUUGCUGGCCCAAGUCCAGAUGCAUUAGUGACUGAUCUUUUAAGGGUAUUUAAGUAUACCUUACUGCCUGCUGAAUCCUUUUUUCAUACAGUUUUACGAAAUUCGAAAUUUUGCAAUACUUAUAUAGAUAACAAUUUACACGUUACUAACUGGAAAAGGAAGUUAGGUUGUAAAUGUCAGUAUAAAGCUGUAGUUGAUUGGUGUGGUUGCAGUCCAAAUGAUUUUAAACUCGAAGAUUUUAGUCGAAUUCGCAAUACGAUAGAUCGUAACCUAUUUUUUGCUCGAAAGUUUGAACCUAGCAUCGAUCAAAGAAUUAUAGACAGGGUAGAAGAAUGGUUAUACCCUGAAAAAAUAAAUAAAACUAUUAUAGCAAAAGGUUACGACGCAUACUGGCAAAGUUUAUACCAUGCAGCAGAUUUGAGUCCUUUGACAAAUGAUGCGCAACUGACUGUUUCAAAUUCAUUAGCGAGAUUGAUUUUUCGUAAACUGGAGAUAAAUUACAAGAAUGUUCAUCUUUUGGAGACAACAGCUUAUUUCAGGGAAAAUCAGUUUAUUGGAACGUUAAUUCUUACAGAAGCUAUAGUACAACAGCCACUAGAUCAACAAGAACGUGUGGAACGAAUAGAAGCCUUGGUUUAUUUAAGACAUAACUUUUCUACUAGUAGAGAAUGGUUAGGAAAAAUACAAACUUUAUCUAUAAAUACUGAUUACGAUCAAAAGGAGAAAACUUUUAGAAAUUUAAUGGGAAGUAUAGGACCAUACUCAUAUCCAGUUUUAUCAUAUGAAUUUGAUACCGGAAUUACAACACCACAAAAUUUGUCAGUACUGUGGGUGGAUCCAUAUGGUCGAUUAGCAGAUGUUAAUAACAUACAACUUGAAGAAAUGACAUUAACAGGGUAUGUUAAACCACAGUUCAAUGAACACUUGGUUGUGGGUACUUGGCAUUUGUUCUUGGUUGCUGAUUCCGUAUUAGUAGCAAAAAUGAAUUUUUUGGUCACUUCUUUAGGAUAUUGGAAAAAUAAAAAAAUAAGUGCAGAAAAAGCGAAAAGAGUAAAUAAUGCGUCUGGUGAUAGUUACGAUAUUAGUGAAGAAAUAAAUAAAAAGUGGUCGUAUUUACUAAGUUCUAUAAACUUUCGUGAACGAACUGCAUAUAUUACAGGUGAUGAAAAUAAAGUCAAUUCUAAUUUGGAUCAAUGGAUAGACAAGUUAGUGCAAGAACAUUAUGAAAUUGACAAAAUAUGUAAUGCUUAUCAUAACAUUGAUACUAAACUAAAAUUACAAAAGUGUAUAAAUACACACUGGAGCUCUUUGAGCCCAGAUUCAAAGGCUGAUAUCAGUAACUUAUGUUAAAAGUACGAAUUAAUUUAUUAAAUAUGUGCCAUUCUCAACACUUUUGAACGUUAACCUAAUUAAAUACGCGAAAAGGUUAACAAUCUUUUUAGAUAUUUUUAUAUCAAGUACAUACUAUAUACAUUUAUAAGACUAUUUUAAAAGAAUAUUAAGUCCUGAAAAUUAAAAAAUUCUUAAGCAACAAGGAAGGACAUUUUUCACGAUUUCCUUUGCAUGUCCGUUAUUAGUUUAAAAUAAAUCUAAUCAUUUUAGACGUAAUAAUCUGCUUUUUGUCUAUACGAUGGUUUUCAUGUGUGAAUUAUAAAGAUUGCAAGGCCUGAUCAUUGCGUUAUUAGCUGUAUUAACUGAUGUUAGAAAUAACAUUUUUCGUCCUAUUUUUAAUAAAUUUAUAUACAAAACUAAGAUAAGACGGUCAUAUUUUCACAUGCAAUUUCAUUUAUCUAUAAAAUGUAUUAAAUAUUUAUUAAUUGUUAUUCGUUAUAACAUCGUUAGUAUUAUGCAAUUAAUAGGUUAUAUUUUCCUAUAAAGUCUCGAUUGAAAUUACAGUUUCCAUAAUUUGUAUUGCAUUUCUGAAAAAUAUCGAUACAUGUGCCUUCAACUUUGUUAAUUAAUCAUAAAUUGAUCUUCAUCUCGUUUCAGUUUUCAAGUCAAAUAAUGUUAAGAUAGUUUAUAAUAAUAGCAGUUCAUUAACUAGAUAUUUUAUUUUACAUCAUUUUCUUUGGUUCGUUUAUAAUACGAUUAUAUCUGUUAUCUCUAUUUUACGAUUGUUGUAAAUUCUUUAUCCUAUUUGUAAGAUGUUUUUUCAUAUAUUCUAUAUACUUUUGAAAUUACACUGUAUGUAUAAA